AUGCCUCUCUGGCAGAUCUACCACCCGCCAAACACAUUCCAAGAUGCAGCUUCAAAAUCCUCACUGGCCAAAGCCAUCACCGCCAACUAUACCAAAAUAGGAAUGCCCGCCUUCUUCGUGGUGGUCAACUAUAUCGAAACAGAAGAACAGAACAUGUUUGUCGGCGGGGAACUCGCCCAUACGCGAGGAAGUCCCUUCAUUCGCCUGGUCAUCACACACAUCCAUGUCAAUAUGCCCAAUGAGGAUUCCGCGUAUGCUGGAGUUACGACUCGGAUCGACGAGCUGUUGAAGCCGCAUAUUGCCGACAAAGGAUAUGACUGGGAGUAUCAUGUUGAUGAGACUGAGAGGAGAUUGUGGAAGUUGAAUGGAAUUUAUGCUCCGCCGUUUAAGAGUGAGGAUGAGAAGGUGUGGGUUAAGGAGAAUAGGGCUGUUCCGCCUGAGGAGAUGGAGGCUGCUAGGCAGAAGAUGGAAAGUACUUAG